GCCGGCAUCCACGGUGCUCCCGGGCCGCACCGCCACAGCCGGCGGGCUCUCCAGGCGGGUCCUCCUGACCCUCCACCCCGGCUCUCAGACUCGCCUUGAUCUCCGUCGGGAUAGUGUCGAAGGCGAAAAAGACAGUCUUCGGUGCCGCGUUGUCUCCGCCAGGGAAAGACAGCAAGUUGUGCUGCGCCUGGGACCGCGAGGGACCGGGAGGGACCGCGGCCGCCGCCCGACCGGGGGCCGCCAUCAUUACCAUAAAGCAUGAGAAGCUAAUCGAGGCAAGACCAAAAGAUCUGUUGCAGCCAAGUAGCUACAAAGGCCUUGAAGAACUGUGGACUCCCCGGGAGUUUCUGGUGACCACACGCCUUCCUUCACACCUUCGGGACGAUCCCACUGGGUCCUCGUUGCACUGCAUGUUGGAAAAUGGCAUCCAGCCUGACUUGUACUGGAGUGAUCUGGGCUUUGCUUUCUUUCCUUUCCGCUGCCACAUCCUGUGUGGGGUUCUUCAUGCCUUACUGGCUCUGGGGAUCUCAGCUAGGCAAGCCCGUGUCCUUUGGCACUUUCCGGAGGUGCUCCUAUCCCGUACACGAUGAGAGUCGGCAGAUGAUGGUGAUGGUGGAGGAGUGUGGGCGCUAUGCUUCCUUCCAGGGCAUCCCCAGCACCGAGUGGAGGAUCUGUACCAUAGUGACAGGCCUGGGCUGUGGCCUGCUCCUCCUGGUGGCUCUCACUGCCCUUAUGGGUUGCUGCGUGUCAGAGCUCAUCUCCAGGACAGUAGGAAGAGUGGCUGGGGGAAUCCAGUUCCUGGGGGGCCUGUUGAUUGGCGCUGGCUGUGCCCUCUACCCCUUGGGCUGGGACAGUGAGGAAGUCCGGCAGACUUGUGGCUACAUCUCUGACCAGUUUGACUUGGGCAAGUGUGAAAUCGGCUGGGCCUACUACUGCACCGGGGCCGGGGCUGCAGCUGCCAUGCUGCUGUGCACAUGGCUGGCGUGCUUCUCAGGCAAGAAGCAAAAGCACUACCCCUACUGAGGCCAUGAGGAGCAAGCUGAGGAGAGGACAGACACCAGAGACGGAGGGGCCCGAAGCAUUCCGCGACUUUCACAAGGUGGAAUAGUGGUUGUAAAUGCAGAACAGUGUUAAUGUAAUGAGAUUUGGUUGAAUCUGGAACAUUCUGUAGGAAGGGAGGGUGGUGGGGACAUUGUCAAAAGCAUGGAGAAUAGGGGACGAUGGACCAAAGGCUAAAACAUGGCAGGACAUUGGUGUUUCUGUUCCACAGAGUAGCGUUAAUGUAUAUCACACACAGCAAAUCUAUAUAUGCAAACGAGGAUCUCAUUUUCGUUCUCCUUCAAAAAGAUGAGGACUAGGGGAGUCAAAAGGGCUAGUAGAAACAGUAUUAUCUUAGGAAGCAGGAUGAGCACCCUGCAGACAUUCCCUGUAGAUGAGGACUGAGCCUGAAAGCACAUGAGCACGUGCACACAUAUGCACACAUAUGCACACAUGUGCACACAUAUGCACAGGUCAUAUGCACACAUCAUAUUCACACAUCACAUGCACACACCAUAUGCACAAGUCAUAUGCAUACAUCGAAAGCAUACGUCACACACACAGGUCACCACGCCACUGCACAGGGGGUCAGCUGUGUACUGUUGCUCCUGUUUCUUUUUUUAAAAUAUACAUCAGUACAGCAUCAUCGCCAAGCAUACAUUGAGCCUAGUCCAUGGACCAAUAUGCCACUGUAUCAGUAUUUUUGAUGUCCUGCAUAAACCAUGCCCACAGCAUAUCUUUGGUGUUUAUGCAGAUCCUUAGAGGAAAGCCUUCGCAUUUCAAAGACACCCAGUAGUGAUCUGAGUAGCUUCUGCUGUAGUAACCUUUUGAAGAACAGGACAGCUUUUGUCUCCUGUAGGUGAGAAUUCAGUUGCAGAUUUGAGAGUGAAGAGAGCUCUUUCUCCAUUUAUUGGAUCUUCUUUUCUUUUCUCCAUUAUUCUACUGUGCUAUACCACAAUUAUUUCAAUAUUCAUUUUGUAAAGGGAAAAAAAAGUACUAUUUUGUUUGUAUUUGAAAGCUCUGUGAAUAAAUUCUCUUUGAUCAAU